AUGGAGAACUUGAUGCAGCGUUUCCCCGAGAAGAGGUAUGAUGUCACAAACUAUAUCGAAAGCUUCUGCCUGCUUUUCUGGUGUCCCUGCAUGGGGUGGCAGAGCAAGUCGCUGAUGUUGCAAAGCGAGGAGGUUCUGUACAAGCGACGGAAUCUCUGCUGCUCUGGUACCCAAAAGCGGCCUUACGCACAGCUGGGCUCCGUGGAGCUGCAUGACUCCUGCUGCGGUCUCUGUGUGGCCAUGAGCUCCAACUUGGAGCGUGUGAACGAGAAAGGCGAGGGUGGCAUCCGACCCUUCUUUGGCGUGGACCGUCCAUACACAGAGGAGAUCUGCAACGAGCUGCGAGCCCGGAUGGAGGGAAGAGGCGACACCGCCCAGCGGCAGCAGCAGACUUUCUUGCUCGAUCAAAUGACGAAACUCACGGCCGAGCUGCCGCUGAUCAUGGCGAAGCGUGGUAUCCAGUGGCCACCUCCUGCAUCGACAGUGGCGAAGAUCUUCCCAGAAGGAGCUCCGGCAUUCAAGACCUUCGCGGAGCUCUACAAUCCGGAGGAAGAAGUGAAGUUUGACACGCAAGCCUGGCACGUGGUCUGCUGCUGCGAACUUCUCAGCUGCCUCAGCCGCACGAUCGAGCUAGGCCCCGAUGAGGCUGUGAUUCGCACGACGCGUGGGCUGGGUCGCGCGAGCAUGAUCGAGCGACGCCCCUAUGCACAGAUCGACGACGUAGAGAAGGAGACGGCUUGCGGCUGUUGUGUGAGCAUGAAAGUCGGAGAGCUCAUCCAGGAGCCAAUCUCUAACGGAAUGGGCUGCGACGAAGAGACCAUUACCCAGAUUGUGGAUGAGUUGAAGCGUCGCAUUGAGAUCCGCGGGAACAUCGGUCAGAUGAAGAAGCUCGAGAGCAUCAUGUGCAAAGUGGAUGAUCUCAGGCUGCUGGUGCAGGUGUUCCAGCACGAGCUCGGUUUGGACAUGCAGUAUCCUCCUGAAGGCAUGGGGCUGCCUCCCAUCAGACCUCACUUGAAGCCAUCGGAAGACUUCCCGACGCGGGAGUUCGAGGUGACAAACUACUGCAUGUCCUUGUGCUGCUGCUUGACACAGCAGGACACCAUGAGGUUGGAGAAUGAUAAAGUCAUCACAAAGAGCAGCAACUGCAUCAGUGAGAACUUGAACAGCAUGCCUUAUGCGCAGAUCAGCUCUGUCGACGAAGACCGGUGUUGCUACUGUUGCAGAGGCGUGAAUGGAAUCAUUCCCGGUUGCGGAUGCCAGGGAGUCAAGGUCGCGGACCUGGCGAAUGAGCUGCAACAGCGAAAAGUGAAGCGUGGCGACAUCGCACAACUGAGGAACCAAGAGAACACCAUGCUCAAUGCUCUGGAGCUGAGUGUGCGUACUUCCAGCGUUCUGAAGAAGCUGGAUGUGGAGUAUCCGCCCUCGCAGGAGACCAUGGUGUCAGAGUAUGGCCACGGGUUUACGUUGCCUUCGGCGACGGAGGGCUACUUGGGAGAGGUCCAUCUGGGGCCCUCCGAGCAGCAUGGGGAGAAGGACUACAGCGUCACGAACUAUCUUGAGUCCUGUUGCAUCUGUUUGAGGUCUCUUGGUCUCGCUGGCUGGCAAACGCAGCGCCUGCACUUGGGAGAGGAGGAGGUGACGCUUACCAAGAAGGAUUUCUGCGCGACGAGCACGAUGAGGAUGCCGUAUGCCCAACUAGGCUCGGUGGAUGUCGAGACGAUUUGUUGUGGGAGCUGCUUCAAGGUGGAGACAGACGGAGGCAUCAUCCAGCCGAAGUGUGGAUGCGACAAGGGUCUCAUAGACGAGAUCUCGGAGGAUCUGCAGAAUCGAAAGGUUACUCGUGGCAAUAUCGCGCAGGUGAGGAUGCAGGAGAAUCUGAUGAUCGAGGUGAUCAAGCUGGGUGUUCAGCUGGAUCAGAUCGCACGGAAGGAGGGUGUGGUGUAUCCGCCCAGCCAGGAGACCAUGAUCCAGGUCUUCGGUCCCGGUCCAAAGCAAAGGAGCCAGAGCUUUCAAUUCCGAAGGGGAGAUGGCAGGUCGCCGAAGCCGACGCUUUUGGGGUGCUGUUUCGGUUCUCCCUCCUUUUGA